UGCGCAGUGCCGGGUGCAGCCUCCGCUCCUCUCCAGUGAGCGCCGUGAGGGCUGCAGGCGGCUGCAGUGGGACCAGGUGUUGGAUUUAGGCGGAGUGCAGCUGUGAGGGGGGCACAUCUGCCUUCUUCUUCUCCACCUUCAUGCCCCCUUCUUCGUCUCCCAUUCCCAGCACCCUAUGACUGGCAGACAACCCCUCCUCCUCGCCCUCUAACCUUACCAUGCCCCUCACCCUUCUGCACGCGUCCCCACGGCUGUAGCUGCCCCCCCUCCUCCUUCUCCUGAGCUGCCCCCGUCAUGUCCCCCCAGCACGGGAAGGCCAUCUACUCGAGGUCGGGGUAAAGGCCUAGCGUGCACAGCGCCUUCCGUCCUCCUGCUUCCACCCCUCCUCCCCCCUCUCUGUGUCUCUCUCUCACACCGAGCCCAGCAUCAGCAAUCAUCAUGGCAGAGGAGCAGCAGCCACAGACCCCGAAAAAACAGCGGCCUGAUCAGCUGCCCCCCUCUGCAACCCCGGGGAGUCUGCCCGCCCUGGUCACAGGACUGCAAGGGACGGAGGCCAGUGCACUGCAACAGAAGAUCAAGAACUCCAUCUGUAAAUCCAUACAGUCAAAAGUGGACUGCAUUUUGCAAGAAGUUGACAAGUUUACAGAUCUUGAGAAACUCUACCUCUACCUCCAACUGCCUUCUGGUCCUAGCAAUGCAGAGAAAAGUGAUCAGAGCUCUUUGUCAUCUAGUCGAGCUCAGCAAACUCAUGCUUUCUCCUGGAUUAAGAAUACCUUAGAGGAGCACCCAGAAACCUCUCUGCCCAAGCAAGAGGUCUACGAUGAGUACAAGAGCUAUUGUGACAAUCUUGGCUAUCACCCACUAAGUGCUGCUGACUUUGGAAAGAUUAUGAAGAAUGUAUUUCCUAACAUGAAGGCACGUCGCCUGGGCACAAGAGGCAAAUCAAAGUAUUGCUACAGUGGGCUGAGAAAGAAAGCAUUUGUGCACAUGCCUUCACUUCCUAAUCUGGAUUUUAACAAGUCAGGAGAUGGGCUGGAUGGAAUGGAAGUGUCAGCGCAGUUGCAGAAUGCUGAUGAAGAGGUUGUUUCUGCAGCUUGUCGUCUUGUUUGCGAGUGGGCACAGAAAGUCCUAAGUCAAUCAUUUGACUCCGUUUUGGAUUUGGCCCGUUUUUUGGUCAAAAGUCACUACAUUGGCACUAAAUCAAUGGCAGCAUUAACCGUAAUGGCAGGUGAUUCCGCAGGAUUAAAAGGAAUUACACAGACAUCUGCAUUUGUACCCAUGUCUGAAAGCAAUGCCUUCCACCCUCAAGUGAAGACCUUAGCUUCUCCUGUAGAUGCCAAACAGCAGUUACAAAGGAAAAUACAGAAGAAGCAACAGGAGCAAAAGAUGCAGUCGCCUUUACCAGGGGAACUGCAAAUGAAAAAACAGGAUGGACCAGCUGCCAAUGGAAUCGCUAGUAUAUGUAAUGGAAGUCCAGCUAUCCUUUCUCCACAGCCUAUUGGAAUUGUUGUUGCAGCUGUUCCCAGCCCAAUACCGGUUCAAAGAAACAGGCCACUCGUGACUUCACCCAGUCCUAUUGCCUCCUCUGAUGGGAAGGUCCUACCACUCAACGUUCAAGUAGUUACUCAACACAUGCAGUCUGUAAAGCAGUCACCAAAGACUCCACAAAAUGUUCCAGCAAGCCCUGUUGGAGAUCGUUCUGCUAGGCAUCGCUACCCUCAAAUUUUACCUAAGCCAGCCAGCUCCAAUGCUUUGACGAUCCGCUCACCCACCACUGUGGUUUUCACCAGUAGCCCAAUUAAGACUGUGGUGCCAGCACCACAUGUGAGCUCUCUGAAUGUUGUGAAGAUGACCACAAUAUCACUUGCGCCCAGCAAUGCUAGCACUUCAGCAAAACAUACCCCUUCUCUCAAUAACAGUAUUGGGGUUUCAGAUGAAAGCAGAACUGUGCCACAGAUCAAAAAUGGCUCUGUGGUUUCACUGCAGUCUCCUGUACCCAGGAUGGGCACACCUGUGGCAUCCGCAGUAGAGGUAAAAACAGAACCAGAAAUUCUUAUAGAGGAUAUUCAACCAUGCCAAGAGAGUGCAGAUUGUUCAAGACCUAGGAAAGGUACUCCUGUUUCUUUCACACUAAAAGUCAGUCAGGAGAAACCUCACGAUCCUGCCAAAGCACUUGACCAGAGAGUUGAAGUAACAAGGACCAAAUGUAAAGGCCGCUUAGUAGAUGUCACUUCUGUUUCCUCAGCCGGUUGUAGUCAGGGUACUGUGACUCUGUGUGUCACACCUCAGAGUAUAUUCAGCAGUAGUCUCAGCCCAAUUACUAACACUGAUUCAGCUGGAAAGGACAUGAGAUUGUCUAUUAAGAGUCCUCGAAAACGCUUAACUUCUAUAGUACAGGACUCACAGUUACCACCAGCGAAAAAAUCACUUCUUGGUCAGCUGUCUUCAGCUAUUGCUGAAUGUCAGAGACCAGUAGGGAUUACGGUCAAGAAAGUUCAAAAAGCACUGACGACAAAGACUGAUAAUGCAGUAACAGUUGCAUUAGCACCUAGUAAAGGCACUCAGCAAGUGAGUAAUACUGACUUACUAGAAAGCUAUACCUUGAACUGUGUUGAUGAAAAGACCACUGAUACUCCCCAGGGACAUGCAGCUUCAUCCCAGGAUGUUAAAGUUAAACUAGAAGGUAAUGUGUUUAAGCUUGUCAGUGAUUCAAAGCAAGAGAACCCUUUCAAUCAAAAUGCAUGGCAGGAGAUUGCUGAAAGUUCAGAUUUCACAUCUAGCAACUGCGAGCAGCCUCAAACAAUUAGCGUUCUGGAUAUUCCAGGAAAUUCUGGUGCUGAUAACCUGCAAAAAAAUGUAUGGGAACCAGUAGACUUUGAAGGACUACAGCAGGAUGCUUACAGCCAGCAACUUGAGGAUUCUUCUAUGAAUCAGCUACAAGCACAUUCAUCUAACCAGUUACCUCAGCGUUCUAAUCUGACAGACCCUCCCACAACUGAAAGUUUCUUUUCAUUUGAUGAUGACCUUACGCAAGAUAGUAUUGUUGAGGAACUUGUGCUUAUGGAGGAGCAAAUGUCUAUGAAUAACAGCUCUCAAAACUAUGGUAGUUUAGGAAUGGUGCUCCAAACCCAAACAACAGCUGCCCAUGGUACACCUGUACCCACACAUUCAAGUAGUGCACACUUUUACCAUUCAGUACAUAGCAGUGUCACUCCCGUGCAUACACCUACUUCAACUGCAACCCCAACUUUAACCCCAACCCCUACAUCAGAGAUGAUUUCUGGGUCUCAAAGCUUGUCAAGAGAGAGCCCUUGUUCUCGUCUGGCUCAAACAACACCUGUUGAUAGUGCAUUAGGAAGCAGUCGGCACACACCAGUUGGGACCCCACAUUCUAACUGCAGCAGUAGUGUUCCUCCAAGCCCUGUUGAAUGCAGGAAUCCCUUUGCCUUUACCCCUAUAAACUCCAGCAUCUCUUAUCAUGAUGCUAGCAUUGUCUCGAGUAGCCCUGUUAAACCAAUGCAAAGGCCAAUGGCAACUCACCCUGAUAAAACUAAGCUAGAGUGGAUGAAUAAUGGAUAUAGCACUGUUGGCAAUUCUUCCGUAUCCAGUCAUGGUAUACUUCCAAGUUACAAAGAGCUAGUAGAAGAUAGUUUUAGAAAGCCGCAUGCUUUUGCUGUGCCUGGUCAGUCAUAUCAGUCUCAGUCGAGACAUCAUGACAAUCACUUUGGUCGUAUAACUCCCGUUUCUCCAGUUCAGCAUCAGCUUUCCUUGUUAAGUAGUGCUUCUAAACAGGAGGGCUUUGCUGUUCCUGCACCUUUAGACAACAAAGGAUCAGGAACGUCUGGAAACGGCAGCAAUUUUAGAUGUCGUAGUGUAAGCCCAGCAGUUCACCGACAGCGCAAUUUAAGUGGAAAUACAAACUGCCCGACUUCAAAUGCUCCUCGAUCUAAUGUGGCGACUUUUGGAUCUAUGGUAGCUGCAGAGGUUCAUAAUAUACUUGCUAAUGUCCAGAAAGACACCAGUGCCAAUAGUAUAGCGCAAAGAAGCCAGUCAGUUCCUUUAACUGUUAUGAUGCAAACUGCUUUCCCAUCCUUGCAAAAACAAAGCAGCACCCAAAACAUCACCCACGUUUUAUUAAACAAACUGGAUUCUGACCGCGAUGAUGCGGUUCGAGGGUUAGGAAUUAACAAUAUGCCUUCUAACUAUACUGCAAGGAUGAAUCUCACUCAGAUUUUGGAAACAUCUCCCAUGUUUUCUGGUGCCAAUCAACAAAAUAUGAUGAAUUCCAGCACUUCAUCUUAUGAAUUCCAAACGCCAGCUUACCUCACGAAAAACAGCAGUACUGAUACAAUUGGUUUUACUACUGGAGACAACCAAGCACAAUCUGAAAUUGGAGAGCAACAACUUGAUUUCAAUAGCACUGUUAAGGACCUGCUAGAUGGAGAAAGCCUCCAAUCAAACCAGCAGCUUUCUCAAGUGGCUUCAGAUUUAAACAAUGCCUCUGAUUUCUCCAGCGACAUCCGGUUGUCUUCUGAUCUCUCAGGCAGCAUCAAUGACCUGAACACUUUAGAUCCCAACCUGUUGUUUGAUCCUGGUCGGCAGCAUGUGCAGGAUGAUGACGCUACACUGGAGGAGCUGAACAAUGACCCCUUGUUUCAGCAAAUCUGUAACGAAUCUAUUAAUUCCAUGACCUCAUCUGGAUUUGAAUGGAUAGAGAGCAAAGACCAUCCUACAGUUGAAAUGCUGGGUUAAAUUUGUAUUAUAAUGUAGCACACUGUAUCAAAAAGGCAGUUGUAUUUGUCUUAAUGGAAGUGCCUCCAGCAGCGGAAACAUUUGUAAUUAUGAAGUUUUCAUAAGGUUUGCUGCACAGGUUAUCUAUAUUUCAUCUGUUCUUAACAUGAUAAUCAUUUAAACUGCACUACAUGGGCGGUUGAUGAGCCAGUAUUAAGUCCAUUUAUGUGUUUUUCUUUUUCCCCCUCAUUUUAAAUGAUUUUACGUCACUUGACAGGCAUUCUUACCCUGUUACACUUUGUAAUACUUGCUUUUAUUCUGUUUUAGUGAAAUUGAAAAUAUGCUUCUGCUUUACAUGACCUGUACAAAUUUGUCUGUAGGUAAAGAAAGGCAGCAACUGCCGCUUUGAUUUUUGAGUAUGGUGACUUGGGUACUUAUGUGAAUAUCAUAUCAUAUUUGUGGAGUAUGUACAAUUUUAAAGAAGACAAAAGAAAAAAAAAAAGUUUUCUCAUUAAGGACUACUUUCCCUGAAAUUAGGAAAAUGCACUAUAAGAUGUAAGUUUUUUUUUAUUUUAACACACCAUGACCUCAUAACAUUUUACAAGUUUUUACUUUUUUUAUUUUAUCAGAUUUUUUUUUUCAUACAAAAAACAAACAAAAAAAAAAAACCUGAGAAAUACUCCUUUGAAGUUGAAAAUGGUAUGGAUUGAAAUAAGGAUAGAAUAGGUGUCCGGUGGCUUCCUCUAUGUUGAGGUUGCUACUUUGGAGCUUGCCCACCCAAUCUGAAGCAGUAACAGAUGUUAAGCUCUGUGGUUUCUAAUAUAUGUACAUAUUAGAAAAUGUGUCUUUGUUGCAUGUUUUUAUUUUCCCAGUAAAGCUACAAAUGGACUACAGAUGCCAUUUUGAUUCUUGCUCCUUUUUAUCCCAGGAUGCUUGCAUGCCGAGCAGCGGUUACCCUGUUUUUUUUUUUUUUUAAUUAGGGAAAAAUAUUAAGGACCUGAUGUAGAACAUAGGAAAAUAUAUUUCCUAUGAAAACUUUUUUUUUUUUUUUUUUUUUUUUGCAUUAGUCACUUUCUUAUCUCACAUAUCUAAGAUGGCUGUUGGCCUACAUCUAUGAAUUUUAUAAUGAAACAUGCCAUUCAGAAUUAAAAAAAGUUAUCACUAAAUAUUUUUUCAAUGCAUGUCAAACAAUUUUAGCAACGUGUACAAGCUUGGAUAUGCUCAGACUUCCAAUACCAUUGUUUUAUCUUCGGCAGCACUUCAUGAAUUUCCUUCGUUAGAAUAAUAUUGCAGAAUACCCAGCAACAACAGUGUUGCCCUUGUUCAUAUUCUGUUGGAAGUUAUAGCUGUGUAGCAUAUUUAAUAUAAUUGUGAAUUUUAUUUCUGCCAGCUUUUCUUGUUAAAAUAAUAAAAAAAAAAAAGAUAUAUGCGAGAAACAGACUAUUAACAUUGUGUAUCAUCAUACCAAAAGGUGCUAAGGCCAACUCAGAGCUCUGUAAAUUUGAUUGUGAUAGUGAGUUAAACUUGGCUGUUAUAUGUGUUUGCUGGUAUUUCUAAACAUUUUUUUUAAAUACCUGCUCUUAGUACUUGUUACUAUUGUACAUUGAGAUGGAGCACUAUUGCGUACCAAAGUAUUAACAGUAAGAAAAAAAAAAAAAACCCAAAGGAUAAUUUAUUUUGUUUGAAACAGGCAUUCUUGAGGCAACCUGUGAAUAAAAUGUCAAGGGCAUUUAAACCAUAGCUAGUAAUUCACUGUUAAAUCAAUAGUAGCUGAAAAUCGUGCAUACAAACUUUCUGCUAGACUAGUUUGCGGAGUGUGCAAAGCCGGCUGCUCUGGUGAUAAUUGGACUUAAUUUUGGUGUUGGGAAAAAUGGCCUAUAUAUUAAAUAACUUUGCAGUGCAUAAUAUGUACAGUAUUGCAGCAAACACUUUACAUUUUGAUGGAAGGCACUUUCUUGGUGCAGUGCCUGAAAUCUGUUUUAAAAAGGGGGAUUAUUACUUCAUGUCCCUAUGGGGACUGUUCUUACAAGAGAAAGAAUUAAUUGCAAAGAUGUUCUCAGGUUCACUUAUUGCACUAAACUUCUGUUGAACCUGUGGCACGGCACCUCUUUUUGGAUAAAUGCAACUUUUUUGCCCCAGAUAUAAACAAAAAAAAAAAUAUAUAAAAAAAAAAAA